AUGUGGUUCUCCAAGAUCAUGCUCGCUGCCUCGUCCGCCACCGCGGCUCUUGCGUGUACGCUGCCGACGGACACGCCCAGCAACACCAUCAACCAGGGCUUUGCCAUCCAGGUCCAGAAUGCGUCCUACCCCAUUAUUCACAACCGUUUGAUGAACCAAUGGGCCGCCGGUGGGGGUGAUCAGCACCUGUAUCUGAGCCCGGCUGGCGCCGCUGCGGGCGACUUGACUCUUGUGAACGGCGUCAUCACGCAGCUCAAAGGCGGCAAGACAAUCAGGGCUGUCAUCAACGGCGAGUACACGGCCUCUGACGACACCACCAAAAUGUUCAUGACGGAGCGCGGUGAUCCUCGUGCAAUUUACGACGUCAGGUACGGAUGCAACCCGGACACCGACGCCGUGCAGACGGAGCUCGUCUUCAAAGAACGGUCCGGUGUCACGGGCGGCCAUUUGUGCAUCAGGUCGGCAUCCGGCAACCGACACGAAUUCCGCUAUUCGCCCCCAGGAAAUACCCUUGUCGACAGUCCCAGCCGACUCUGCAUCAAGGUCACACUGGCUGUUGUUAGAAGCUAG